AUGUCUCCGAGCCAACCUCCCAAGCUCCCUGACCUCGCCCGCCUGGCUCAGGAAUCUGGCUUGGACAAGAACGUGAUGGCAUUCCUCCGCGAGUCUGGUGUGAAUACCUCCGGGGUCCUCUUCCACCUCUUCUCAAAAAGGGAGCGCAUUGCAAAGACCUUGCAGCCCCUCGAGGCUGGGGUCCGCGUGCAAGGGACAAACGUCAAGUUGGACUUCGUUGCCAUGGGUGUAGCAGUGGCUGUCUUGGAGCACAUGGUGGAUCAAAUCGAACUGGCUCGGAAAGCCCAGUUUGCAUGCGGCGCUUCGACCCCCACGAUGACCACUUCGGACGCUUCGACCAGCUCGGCAGAGGACCAGAAGCCCCCCAAGGUGUUGCCCAAAGGAUACUGGGCAACCGUCAUUCAGGACUUUGAGAAGGAAGUGGUUGCAGGCCAGAAUAGAACGUUUCCUUCGCACCAGCUGGUUGGGGCAGAGGAAUUCGUGAAACAGCAGCAACCUAUUCCGGAGCCUCAGCGCCUGCUCACCGUAUUGGACGCCUUUGAGAGUAUCCGCUGGUCUAUGAUCUUCGCUCGUUGGGGGCAGGAACACCAGGUCAACACGCUCGUGGAUUUCUUCGUGAACCUCACGCGGGACCACCCCAACAAGAUCCCGCAGAUCCGGGAGUACUACAAGAAGACGUCCUGGGACCUCGCCAUGCAUAUGCGAGCUGGUGGUACGUUUGGAAGUGGCGUGGACAAGAUCGUGCA